UUUAUUUUGGGGAUUUAUAUGCCGCUUCAUUUUUGUAAUAUUAAGCUUCCGAAUUUAAUCAAGCGUUUUCUGACUUUUACUUCUAGAUAAACGUAACUGAUGUUAGUUUUUACCUCUCGUAAGUAAGUUUUGAUGAAAUGAAUAGAAAAAUCCACUGAACAACAUGGCAUGCUGUCCAAAUGUCUCCUUAUUGUUUGUUUAAGUACUUGCAGUUAGAGGGUAUUUGGUAUUUUGUUAACACCAAGAAAAGUUGGUAAUAACGCUUGUGUGCUUCAUGUUGAUUAGUUUUGGAUACUUUUAUACCUCAAAUUUUUACAGUAAUUUUUUGACUGUUUGAAAUUCUCGGAUUAUCCACUAAAAGCAACAAAUUGUAAUCUUGCAAUAUUGAAAUGGGCGUGCCUGACAUACACUAUCAAAUGUAAAUUACAAUCCUUUUCUUUAGGAAUCAGUAGCUCUUGCAUUUUUUAAAAAAUUGACUGUCGAGUGGUGCUACUAUCCGGUUUCUGGAAUUAAUAGAUGUCAUCAUGCCUUAUUUGAAUGGUGAACCUUUCGUUAAACGGCAGCCACCAAGUGAUCUCUCAUUAGACGAAGAGUUAUUUUUCCUGCCCACUACAUUGGAAGUUUUUCGUGACUACGAUGACUAUUUCGAACGUACAAUUCUUGUAAAUAGUCUAACAUGGACUUGUUCAGUGUGUAAUAGAGGACCUUCCACUUACAAAGAAGCACUGGCAUGUGAGCGUGGAGACUAUCGGCAAUUGAACGCCUUUGAUAAUGCUCUGGCUUCUGCAUUGCUGUAUAUUAUUGGAGGUGCACGGAAACGAAGGCUCCCAGAACUUGUUGAACUAAUAUGUGGAUUUGCAAGUAGUCGAUUUUUCGUUGGUGAAGAGAUUGAAUUUCAGACUGCAGAUUCAAAUGUUCGGUCUCUUGGUAUUAUUGAUCGUGUGGUCGUGUCACAGAGAAAAAGCCAGUUUGAGCAUAGUGGAUUAUCGAUGGAUCCAAAUGUUCAGAAGCCUGCCUUUCCUGAUGCAUUGAAACUUCAUUACUGUGUAAGGGAGCAUAAAAAGUCUGAUAAUGUAAACCGUAUCGCCUCAAGUGUUUUGGUACCUGGAUCUAUUAUUAAUCGUCGCAGUCGUAACGUAUUGGCUAGGGAUCACAUUAAGUUCUUCAUUCGUCACACGUGCGAAUUAAGAAACGGUGUUUUCACACCCAAAGUUUCGAUUAUGCAACGUUAUAAGUUACAUCCGUAUGGACCUGUGACAUGGGCUAAACUUUUUCUGCCACCAGAACCUUGUUGGUCUGAACUGACGCCUGCUCCUCCAUCCUCAAUAAUUCGGACUGUGAGCAAUCUAACGAAAGAAUCCAGUCGCCCUAUAUGCCAAGGUUUUAAAGUUAUCGAUACUUAUACGGAUGAAUGGACCAGUCGAGGUCAAACGAAACCUUCUCCAAACGUUCCAUGUUCCAUUGCCAUUAAUCAUAACAUGGCUUCAUCAGGAGGAACAACCCGUGUACAGUAUUUUGAACCCCUCGGUUUUCAGUCGCAAAAAGUUCUUUAUCAACAGACACAUACACUAAUGGCUGGUACACAUGCAAUGAAUGGUCCCUAUAAUCAGUCAUUACCGCAACCAGUUUUUGAUAUUUCACGUUCUUUAAAAGUUGAAAAAACUGAAUUAGAAAAGGAGUGGAGUAUGGUGCGUCGUCGUGAUGAUUUGGAAUUAUCGGAUUUAGUGCCAUUACCAGAAUUCGCUAAGUUUCCUUCUUCACUUCCUCCGGAUGAUAUUGGCUCAGCUCUACAGUUACUAGAGUUUCUUCAUGUAUUUGGUCCACACAUCGGACUUGUUAUCCCACAAAUAGGUAAAUGUACAGAAGUGAUCGGUACGAAUUUAUCCCGUUCUACUCCUUCACUUACAUUAGCUACUUUGGAAAGUAGCCUUUUGGAAUCGGAUCCGUGUGGUCCUUUAGCGGAUUUUUUUAUAAGUAUGCUGUCUACUAUACGUAGGUUAGAACUGGACGCCAAUUCUCGCCAACCAACUCCAAAUGCUUCGGCAGCAACAAUUGCUGCAGCGUCGGCUGUUGCUGCCGCUGAAGCUGGUUUUUCUGUGAAUACACAAGUCUCCCAUGUUUCUGGAAUUGGAAUCGAUAAUAAUUCACUUUAUGAUGAGGAUGCAGUCGGUCCUGAAGACAGUGCUGUCUUCCGUGUGCUACGGGAUGCUGGAGCUUCAACUCGUUUAUGUGAACUUAUUGGUAUACCAACCCAAGCAGCCACCAUUGCUGCCGGUAAAGCUGCUGUGGCUGCUUCUGUUGCGUUGAACACAACAGGUGGGACUGUUGUAAAAGAGGAUUCAUCAGGGAUUUCAUCUUCAGUAUUUCCAAAUGCAAUUAACCGAAGUUCUGUUACACGUGCUGCAACAACGGCAGUCAUUGCUGGGGCUACAUCUUUACCACCGUUGGAUCGUGCUGGUCUUUCUGAAGCACUUUGGUUACACAUAACUAGUGCAGCUGCAAAAGGUGGGGGCUGGCGUGGUCAGAUUUGGGGAGGUACUCGACUUCUGGAUGACCCUUCCGUUAUGCUGGCCAGAAACAAUUCAGCUUUAGUUGAAAAACUUAAAAAAGUGUCGGUUUAUGAACUAACUCCACAUGAAAAGUUGAUCUUGCUUACUGCUUUGAUGGAUGAGCUCUUGCUUCAACCUCAGAUUCGAGAACGUAUGGAAGAUAAUUACGAACGUGUGCGUUUGUUACGCAAUCAGUUGCGCACUAUACAAGCUGAUAGAGCUGUAUUGAUUAGCUGUGGUACUGGAAUUGAGGAAGAACAAGAUGUUUUGACACAUAUGAAGAAAAUGAACUCCACAAAUGAUGGCCGUGUUCAUUUCGCUCCUGUUGGUCUUAAAGGACGCUUGGGAAGAGGAAGAGGUCGUCCAGUGGGUUCUGGUCGUACACUUAGCCGCAAAAAUACGCAACUAGAUUCGACAGUCGCUCCGUUGGAGAAAUUUUUGUCAGAUGAGGAUUAUACGUUAAUCAAUCGAAAGGAACAUCGACCCAAUUCAGAUACUGGAACAACAACUUCUUGUAUCUCUUCCUCAUCCACAGCUAAUAUAUAUGAAAAAUUGACAGAUUCAUUAUUAGAGGAACAAAAGUUAUUAGACUCUAUUACUCAGGUUUCGCGUGGUUGCUCAAUGAUACCUCUUGGUCAAGACAGAUUUUAUCGACAAUAUUGGCUAGUAAUGUCUGUACCAUGCAUACUGAUUGAGGAUUGCCUAUGUGUUGAUAAAAAUCCUUAUUAUACUCAUGUUACAAUUCGAAAUCGUCAAGUUGUAUAUACGUAUCCUGAACUUGCUAAACAAAUGGGUCUUAGUAGCUCUGAGGACGCUGGUAGACAUUUACGGGAAAUAAUCAAUUCUAUUAAGGAUAGUGAAUUAUUGGAUAGAGAAGAAAUAACAUUUCGUGUUGCCGCUUAUCUACCACAUCAGUCUUUAUCAUCAUCAUCAUCGUCAUCAUCAUUAUCAGGAGGUUUAUCAGUUGAACAACUGCGAACUCUUGUUAAACCGGAACGUGUCAGUGUCCAUGACUCUUCUUUACAUAAUGCCUGUCCUGCAGUUAAACAAUUAGCUAAGCUACGAUGUUAUCCAGGGAAGUCAUCUCUGUCCACAACUGUCUGGUCGAUUCUCAUACCCGAUAAGUACAGGGAAUUGUACCAAAAAAAGAUGCUUGAUUCAAAUAAUCAUACUAUCGUUUCUGAUUCAAACACAGAAGUUGUUACAUCUUCUUCCAUACGUGAUUGUUCUGAUACCCCUGUAAAAUUUGAAGAGUGUUAUAAUAACGUCAAUAACAAUUCUAGUGAUGAUAAUGAAUCGAAAUAUAAGACAGAUGUUUCUGACGAUAACAAAAAUUGGUCUUUUACAAAUGAUGAACUUGAUUUAAUGGUUGAACAAGCCAAAUGGACUAUUGAUUGUCUAGAAGCUUCAUUAAACCCUCGCGGUAUCCGUGAGUCUCGUCUUCGUAAAACGAUUGGUCAGUUGCGGCCUUUACUUAUUAAAGUACUUACCAUGUGUCCACCAGAAAUAAUUUGUGCAACGAACGAUAACUGUUCAACAGUAGUUGACAAGACAGCAAUUAGUACUCAAAUUGCAUCUGGAUCACUCGAACAUGUUGCUACCACUCCGGGAAAAUACAAUUAUUCAGGUGGUAAAUCAACUCAUGCAGUCAUGUGUUCGUGGUUGGAAAUCGCUCUUGUUGGUAUAGGAUAUCGUCUUGGUCGUUUGGAUUUGAUUAAGCGUCUUUUGUUCAAUAAAAGCGGUAGUCUCACGGAAAAUUCAUCAAACACUGAAACCGAACUAUGUAAACAAGAUCUUAAAGAAUCUCUUCAAAACAAGGGUCCCAAUGAAGUGGAAAAUGAUGAGACUGUCUCUGUAUCAGUUGAAGAUUGUACUGACAGUUCUAUGAAACUUUCUGAGGCUCUAAAAACUCCACUAAUUUGUAGUCCUAUUAAUCCGGAUGUAAAGCGUCUUUCACAAAUAAUUUUAUCACUGGGCCAUGAUGUUAGUCCGAAAGGAGUUGCUGGACCACUGGCGAACGAUGAAAGGACUUUGCGUAGUGAACCUAUUAAUAUGUCAAUCAACAAACAAUCAACUGAUUUAGAAAAUAUAUUUUCAGAAAAUACUGUACUAUCUGAAGUACAUGAUUCAAAUAUAACAGCUAAUUCUAAUAUGACCCAAUCAUUUAGAACUACUGGUUGGCAAAGAUGGUGUGUUAAUGUUGAACAGGCUAGUUCUACAGCACAGUUACAUUUAUUAGCACGUGCUCUUGAACGUGGAGCGCAUCGUGCUACCUUAGGUGGUAGAGGUGUGUCGUCUGCGAUUGCUAAUUAUGUCUCGCAACAUCCUUUACCUGCUCUAAAAUGUACUUCAUGUCGGGGUCCUCCAGAUGUUUUGACUCUAUCAACUGCAUCCGGCAAUCUGUCUGCAUUUUCUGUUUGCUCUGGUUGUGCUUGCCCCUAUCACCUGGAUUGUCUUCUUUCUUCAAGCACCCGACGAACUAGUACCCGACGAUCUCGAACUAAACAACUUGACAUUUCAGAUUCAAAUAGUCCAAAUAACAUUGAUUCACCGUUUACUGGGUUUCUGAGCAAUUAUUCCUCUUUAUCCAGUGUUACAUCUGCUCGUCUUGAAGUGUUAGGUGGUAGUCUUAUAUUGUGUGGAUUUUGUCUUCGUUCAGCCGAGGCGUUAUUGUCAGGAGCAGAUAAUCCUACAGGGCUUUUACAGUCGAACAAUGAAGCAUUUGAAUUAUCUACUACAUUAGUAUACACAAACGAAGAUUAUCCGGGUACUAAUGAAAGUACUUCACUCCAAAAGAAGACAAAUCGAGUUGGAAGAAAACGUCGUUCUGUUGUUUUUGACGAGUCUGAUGAUCCUACGUCAUGCGAUGGGAAUUCAGAUGAGAAAACUGAUCAUCCUCUUGAGAAUAUGGAGGAGCUGGAUCCUGAUAAAUCGACCGGAAAUCAGCAUACGGAAACGGGACACACAAAUAAUGUACAUGUAACUAGACGUCGUGGGAGACCUGCUCGUCUUCAUCGUGUAUAUAGUAGUCGUGGUCGUGGUCGUCGUUCAACGAAAUUUCUGUCAGAGAAAGUUAGUCAUUGUGAUAAAACUGUUGAACCGAGCUUAGAAGUUACUUAUGCAUCUCCCGCAUCAGUAGAUAUGUCAUCGAUCAGUAAAUUGUGUGUUACUGUGGAUGUUCAUUAUGAUGAUGAAGUCGAACAGUUGCUUAGUCCUUUAGAUCAUCAAAGUAAAAAACUCAAAGGAGACUCCGGGUCUGUAAAUUCAGCUUUAACAACAAACAAAUCAUGUCCAACUGUUGAACCUGAGGGAAAUUGUCGCUUAAAACGUGCAUCUAUUGUUUUAGAUAAUUGUGUUUCACAAAUUACGAGUACCAAUGAUAGAGGACGUCGUUCUAGUCGUGGUCGUCCUCGAAAAUCUGAAGUUACUCUACCCAACCCCUCACUCGAAAGUCCUGAUUCAGUCAAUCCUUUAUCGUGUAGUCGAGAGCAGUUUGAUCAAGCUACUGCUGAAUGCUUCCUAUCAGAACUAUGUACGAUCAGUUCAGCACGUCCACUUCUUCGAUGUGGUCUUGGUCGAACUGUAGCUUUGAAUGAAUUAAAUCAAGCUAACGGUAAUUCAGAAGAUAGUUUCGUCGUUAAUUCCCUAUCUGAACGUUCCCGAGCAAGUCAUCGAACACGCUCAACAACAUCGGGUCAUUCUUCUGAGGACCGUAGAUUAUAUGCUCUAGAUUUGGUCGGGUUACAAGAGAUUUUGGCUCGUGGAGAAUUACCUCAGGGACCAGGACAAGUAAUCUCUCAGCUGCGACUACUCCUAUCUCAUUGGCUGCGUAGCAAUCGUCCUGGUAGUCGUUUGCAUCAAUGUGCUUCAGAUUUACUAGAACAGAUGAAUAAAAAGUUGAAAGCGUUACAACAAUUGAAUAUCCCCACUGUUAAUGAUAAUAUCAUUAAUAGUAACAAUAGCAACAGUAGUAAUACUGUUACUAAUUCUUUAAAUAACAGUAAUAAUAUUGACAGUGAAAGUCUAAGUCCUGUCAAUCACCACCAAUCACAACCAUUAUUCACUACUAGUCAUUGUGGAAAACGCAAACGGUAAUGAUGAUGAUUUUAUGUUAAUUGAAAUAUGCGGUUUUACAUUUAUUGUGUAUAUUUAUUAUUGCCUUUUUCAUUCUUUACUACUUAUUUUUGUACAGUAAAAUCACUCUAUAUACAUAAUGAAUAGAAAAUGAGUAUUUUCACUAUCCCUUUCCGUCUUCGCUCUCUAUAAUAAGUCCUGUUUUGAUAAACGUAAGUAUGUUGUUACUACUUUUCUUAUUCUCCUCUCUGAACCACUUUUGAAAAUAAUGUCAAUUGAUGACCUCUUUCUUUUUGUUUCGAUUUGUAUAUGUUCAUCAUUUGUUUUUUUGUGUAUGUGCGGUUUCGUUCUUUAUUACUAUGUGCAGACUGUUAUUGAAAUUGUAAUAAAAUAUAGAAAUAAACCAAUUAUCAAUACACGUAAUUCCUUUCUUUACUUUUAAUCUAUCAGUUAAGUCAUUUUUAUGUGAUAUUCUCAUAAUGUUUCAUAAAGGAUAAAGCGAUAUGUGUUUUUGAUUGUUUUGUAAGAGCUAAUGUUUAAUUUCACUUCUUGUUUUAUAGCUUAUUAAAGUGUUUAUCCAGUAAAUAUUGGAAGAUUUUUAAAAGCUUUUUCAAGUAGUUGGGUAAAUUGUAUUACUAUUUUCUAUCCUUCAAUAAACGUUACCUGUAAGUCUUUAUUUAAGAAUUCUUAUUUACUCUUCAAGUUGGUGAAUUUAUUACUCAAUGAGAUAGUAUAGUGAAUAGUUUUCGUAACUAUUUUCUUUUAGUACAUUUUCUGUUAGUAAGUGUAUAACAAAAGUUCUAAAUUGAAUUAGUUUAAAUUAUUAUCUUUAGAUAUAGUCUGAAACCAAUUUCAAGAAGACUGGCAAAAUAUCUGAAAGAGAGCAAACAAUAAGAUGUGAUAUGAUGUUUUUGUUUGUGCUGACCCUACUUACUUUUGACCGUAUCUCAUUCGAUUUUGAAUCGUUGGUUAUAAUCAAAAAGCAAACAACUUACUUUAUAAGUACUACUUGCCACCUCUCAUGCUGAUCUUAUUAUUUCCAUUGAAGCGAUAGUCUUAUCCUCAUUAUUAACUGUUUAAAAAAUUUGAGUUUUUCAUUACAAUUGUUUGUGAAUGAGAUGUAUUUUCAUUCACUACUAAGAAUGUGAAUUCCAUCCAUACUGAGUAUAUAUUAUCAUUUUUCUUCAUUGAUUACCACCUAGGUUUUGUAAGUAUUCUUUAGAAAUCACUAAUCUUUGGAUUUUUAUCGGGAACUUGAAAAUACGAAAUACGAUCAUCUGUUAAUUAUUUAUAACUUAGUCUUAUCGUUAUACUCUAUUUGUAAGAGUUUGGAAUUAACCGAUCCUUGUGUUAGAUACUGCAGUUGUUCAGUCUAUUUUUGGCCUCUUUAUAUUGUCAUCUAGUCAUAAGCGUCUUCGUUUUUCCAUAUGUUCAUCAUACUACCUAAAAAUAGUAAGUAGUCUGAGUUGUGUCCAAAUAUUUUACAUGAGUAUCAUGAUGUGGUAUCCCUUUGUCAAAUCAGUUGAUUUAUUCUAUUCGUUUUAUCUAACCUCUGACUUAAUUGCAUUGGUUCAUCUUUAUAGUGUUAACCAUGCUUCAUUUUCCUUUAACUCUUCUAAACAACGACCUGUGUAGAGAGGUAAUUGAAAAUUUUCAGAUAUCUAGUAAUUUGUGGAAUGCUAUGCCGUAAGAGUUCGAUGAAUUUAAAACGUGAGUAUAUUGUUACAUAAAUUACACUGCAUAGAAAUAGUGUUUAUAUCCCAUAAUUGCCUUUUAGUAGUGUCAAUUUAUCGAUAGAUUAUUAUCUAUAAUUUGACCGAUAUUUCGAGAAUUGGAUUUUUAAUGUUCUGUUAAAUAAUCUAUGUAAAUAUAUAUGAGAAAGCUUUAGUUCUUUGUUGUAUUUAAGGUUUUCAAGGAUUUGAAUUCCAAGGCUUAACUCGACAUCCUCAAUAAGUAAACUGUUGUUGAUUCAAUUAGAGGAUAACAUAUUCAUUCGGUAAAAGUAAUACUAAGUGAGAGCUAUUGAUUAUGCGGAGACUUUUCAGUUGUAGGUUUAUUCAGCCUGGUCAAAAUCAGAUAAUUUUCGAAAACCAGGGAACUAUAGAUUGUUGAUUUGUCCUAGUAUGCGACUGAUUAGCCUAUUAAAUCAGUGUUCGUAAAUAUGAAUAACAACAUUGAUGUCUCCACUGAAAUAAAGAAAAGUUAUGUAACCGAUUGGAAUAAUUUCGAAUUCAAUCACUUGUAUGUUUGCUUUGAAUUUAGAUUUCAUUGUGGAUAGCUUCCGUCAGUUAUUGACAUAAGAUUGUAAGCCAGUCAAUAGGAAGAAAACACAUGUUUACAAUUUCACUGUAGAGUAAAUCUAAUAUCUGAAAUGAGGCAGCAGUUAGAAAUGUCAGAUUUCGUUAUCUUUAAGCCAUUAUUUCGUAAUCUCAUGAUACUGAACGAAAAAAGAACUUAGAUAAUUGACCGUAAACAUGUACAACUCAUGUGAGAAUAUUUAAUUCUGGAUGAUUAAUUCAGAAUGAUUCAGUAAUCUUUGUUGUUGUAAAAACUACAAAAACAUUCACCUUCCUAAUGAUACGACAAUUAAAAAUAGUCAUGGAAAUAUGUGUACUUUUAUAAACAUAAUAAUGACAAUGAUGAUUUGUCAUUUUUAUGGUUACAGGUAAUAACUAUUUCCCAAUGGAUGGUAAAAUUAAUUAUCUAAUAGUAGUUUUUUCUCAGUAAUGUCUACCUGUCAUAAACCAAGAAUACGAUAAAUUGUAAUCGUUAAUAAUCUUUGUUGUUUAAAUUAUUUUUUUAAAACUUUUUAGGCUAUAAUGAGACAACUCAGUACAGUUAUAGUUUACACUAUUACAUUUGUAUAGAAGGAAACUACUUAAUUUUGGUUAACUCGGAACUAUUGGUUAAAAAAUAAACUAUCCAAUGAAAUUCAAAUUGUAACUAGCAAUCACAUUGUAGUCGAAAUGUGCAACUCAAGUCUUUAAUAAACCAAUGAUGAUGAAGAAUCUUUCCGUUGACGUUUAGGACUGCAAUUGAUCAGUCUCUUAUUGGAAUAUGUGCACUCUGUGCGGCUUGUUUUAAGUCAUAUAUAUUAUAUGGAGAGAUAGAUGACGACUAGCAGUGGAAUCCAAGACGCGCGUUUCGUCCUAGUUCGAACUCAUCAGCUAGAUGUACCUUCGUCCCAGGGUUGACGUUCACUCUGGGACUCGAAAUCCUUAGUUUAUUUGCAUUUAAUCAUUGGUAUGCUAAAAUGUAAAUGAAUGUUGAUGAUUAUAUUGUACAUAUUAGUUCAUUGCACGCUACUACAUUUUGUUAUGGACGUGCAUGAUGUUGUUAUAUCUACUGAAUUCAUUUUUAAAAAUGUAUGCUUUCAUAAUAAAACUAACAUUUUAGUACUGUACGCUUUCAAAUUUGUUUGUUUUCCUCAACUUUAUUUGUAUUCUGCUUUACACAUUCAACUAAUUAAGAAGUUAAUAAAAUUUAAAUGAUAAGUUAAUAUCAGUGCUGAAUGCUUGUUAAUAAAUUAUGUAUAUCAUUUAUAUUGGCUUGAAAGUUUUAUUGUGAAGAAUGAAAGAAACUUAUCAUUAGACUGUUGUAUGUGAUCGGCUGGCAUAGAUUUUAAAAUAAACUAUAAUUCGUUCUCCAUUUGCAAUUUCCCCACUAAAUUAUGUAUCAAAUAUUAAAUUAAUAAUAAGGUUUUUAAACAUCUGAUGUAUCUUAGUAUUUUUGACGUUUAACGGUAUAGUUAGACAGUUUUAGAGGUGUUGUACGCCUUGAACUCUAUGAC